AUGGGACGUGAGGAGCAUGGAAGGACUUGGUGCAUGGACGCAGCUCAACUGGAUACGCAAAGGAAGAAGGAGGAAGCCAUCUUGAAGACCAGCUCGACCACCUACUCGACCAACCGGUCGAGUUCCUCAACUCGACCGGCCAAGCUUCAACUCGAUCGAGCUGAGAAGUCAACAGUCAAACCCGAAAAAUGUUGCUUCCCCCUUGACUUUCCUUUGACCCUAAACCUAAUCCUCUUGUGUAUGCGAACUCGAUCGAGUCGGUCAACAGAAGACUUGGUCGAGCUAGACUUACAACGGGUAGAAAGAGGGUUCAGAGGUCACAGAGGGUACAAGAGGAACCUGAGGUGCUUGUUGCUGAUACAAUGGAUGUACCAGAGGGGAAUGGAAACCCUUUGGGCAAUGGACUCGGUCGAGCUAGGCAAACUCGACCGAUUGGUCAAGGAGAUGCUCCAAACCGCCACCAACAGAGACAAGGGAUUGUUCCACCACCAGUGCAGAACCACAACUUUGAGAUCAAGCUGGGAAUGA